AUGUUGGUAGACCUUCUUUGAUCUUUGAUUCCAAAUUCAAAUUAUUAUCGACAAAUUUUGUUGGAGCACGAGAAUAACAUUUAGUUUAUUGUUUCUUAAAUCCAUAAUAAAUUAAAACUGUGAUUUAUUAUUGUUAUGAGAUUUUUGCAGAACUUCAAAACAUAUUGCAAGAGAAGGAAUCAUUUGCUGUCCAUUCUAGAGUCUUGAGAAACUAUACCAAAAUGUCGGGCGACACCAGUUACAUGAACAAGCAUUUAUGGGAACUUGACCAAGAACUGUUUACAAUGAUCCAAGAUGAGAAAAAUCGCCAAAAAGAAUGUCUGGAAAUGAUUGCUUCUGAGAAUUACACAUCGUUGUCAGUGAUGGAGUGCCUUGGAUCUUGUUUGAGCAACAAAUACUCGGAAGGACUACCCAAUGCAAGGUAUUACGGAGGAAACGAGUUCAUUGACAAAAUCGAGAUUCUUGCGCAGAAACGUUCGCUAGCAACAUUCAGCCUGGAUGCGUCAGAGUGGGGAGUCAACGUGCAGCCCUAUUCUGGCUCGCCAGCCAAUUUCGCCGUCUACACCGCCGUCGUUGAACCUCAUGGCCGCAUCAUGGGCCUGGACCUUCCGGACGGAGGCCACCUGACGCACGGCUUCUUCACUCCGCAGAAGAAGGUGUCGGCGACGGCGCUGUUCUUCGAGCCAAUGCCCUACAAGGUCGACCCCGACACCGGCCUCAUCGACUACGACCAGCUGGCCCAGUCGGCGCGCCUCUUCAAACCCAAGGUCAUCAUCGCUGGAAUCAGCUGUUAUUCGCGCGUUCUCGACUACAAGCGAUUCAGGCAGAUCGCAGACGAGUGCGGCGCCCUGCUGAUGGCGGACAUGUCGCACGUGUCUGGCCUGGUCGCUGCCAAGGUGAUUGCGUCGCCGUUCGACCACUGCGACAUCGUCACCACCACCACACACAAAACCCUGCGCGGGCCCCGCUCUGGCGUCAUAUUCUUCCGCAAAGGUGUGAGACAAGUGAAGCCGUCGGGUGAGAAGGUGAUGUACGACCUGGAGGCGCGCAUCAACGCAGCCGUGUUUCCGUCGCUGCAGGGCGGACCCCACAACCACCAGAUUGCCGGCAUCGCCCUCUGCAUGGCGCAGGCGCAGACUGAGGAGUUCAAGAACUACCAACAACAGGUGGUGAAGAACGCUCAAGCGCUGUGCACAAAACUGCAAUCGCAUGGCUACAAGAUCUCGGCGGACGGCACCGACGUUCACUUGCUAUUGGUCAAUCUCAAGUCGGUCGGACUAUCGGGAGGCAAAGCUGAGUUCAUCCUUGACGAAGUCAACAUCGCUUGCAACAAAAAUACCGUGCCUGGUGAUGCCAGUGCUCUCAAUCCCAGCGGUAUUCGACUUGGAACUCCUGCCCUGACAACUCGAGGCUUGAAGGAACACCAUUUCUCCAAAAUUGCUGAUUUCAUUGACGCAGCUGUGAAACUAGGACUGGAAAUACAGAAGAAAUCUGGCCCGAAAUUGGUCGAAUUCAAGAGGGUGGCAGUUGAAGACUUCAAGGAUCAAAUUGAAAAGUUGAAAAAUGAAGUGAAAGAUUUUGCGCUAGGUUUCCCUCUACCUGGUCAUGAUGAUUAUUGAGAAUAUUUCUUCUGUGAUAAACUAUGCGGUUUUAAAGAUUGAGAAACAAACCUACCACCGUAAGUUUUCAUUAAAAUCACAUUAAUAUCCAGUAGAGUUUUGCUUCGAGUAUUAACGUUGGUGCCUUAUAAUAAGGCCUGGAUUCAAGGUGAAUUCGUGAACGGCUAAACAAUAGCAUUUAUCAAUUUAUAAUGUAACCCAUCAUAUUAAAAAAAUAAUAAUUAUAAUUAUAAUUUAAUAAUUAAUUUUAAUUUUUUUAUUCUAUUCUAUUGAAUUGUUUUUAUUCAAACUACUUUUAUUUGAACAUUACAGUCCAUUUUACCUAUGAACAUACUUUACAUUCAAAUUUACUACAUUCCAUUUUAUAAUAUCAACUUACUUACUCUCGAGAAAAUUUUCUUGAAAGAGAUAAUGUGCCUUAAUUCGUGGAAGUCGUUUUUGAUCACAGUUUUUAUAUAAAACCUCAUGAUUCUCUUAUAAACUUUGAAUUUAAGUUAAAGCGUAACUUGCCAGUCCUAUUAAUUAAUAGAAUGUGAUAUGAAUGUACUAUUGUAUCUGAAAUAAAUGUAUCAAUUUUUA